CCCGGUGGGGGAGAGACCGACCAAUUUAGAGAUUUGGGUUGUCAAAAGUCACAAAGCUUUACCAAAACCCUCUCGUCGUCUCUCUCCCAUCCUCUGAUUAAUGGCGGUCUCAUCGUCUUCUAUUUCCUCCCACACAUCUGAUUCCUCCUCAUCGUCGGACUCAUCUUCGUCUAGGCACCGUCGCCGUCACCGCAAGCGAGGAGAUAAGGACAGAAACAAAGAGGCCCUCAAGAUCCGGAAGAAGAGCAAUAAGUCCAACUCCAAACGACGCCGCAGAAGCCACCACCACUCCUCGGAUUCUUAUGAUUCCUCCUCUGAUUCUUACUACUCAAGGAGUGGGAGUUCAUCUGACAGUGAGCAUGAAACAUCAAAUCAUUCAAAGAGGCACAAGAAAAAUGUCAGACCAAAGAAGACCAAAGAAAAGGACCAAAGUAAGAGACAUCGCCACAAACGUCAAAAGCACAAAGUUAGGGAGAAGCAGCAGGAUGAGAGAAGUAGCAGCCCUGUGCAGCUUUCUAAGUUUUUAGGUCGUGACAAGGAUGAUGGUGUGCGUCGCAGCGCAGUUUCUGGAAAAAAGAUCUUAUUGAAACUUGAGAAAUCAAAGGAGGAUAAGGAGGCAGAAAAUAAAAGAAAUGAAUUGCUGAAAUUCUUGAAUGCUAGUUUUGAUUGAUUUAGAGGACUCAAAAACAAAUUUCUAGGAUCAACUGGUGAAUGAACAGAAUCAUCUCCUGCAUCUCAGCUGAAAGAUCCAAUGUUUGUUAUGAGAGAAGAUCUUCAGGAAGAUUCAUUUCACAAGGUUAUCUUGUAUGGAGUCAUAUCUAUCACGAAAAUGUAAGCACUGUUGAGUUUCCGUUGGAACUGUUGUGACAUGUGAGAAUUAGAAGGACUCGCUAUUUGUUUGACAUUGUAUCAAUUGAAUGCUUUAUUUAAAAUUACUCGCUGUGAAUUGUGAAUUGUGAACCUUGGUGUUCACGAACGGUAGCCUUUUUAUAUGAAAAUUUUUAAUUUCUUUGCUA